GAUCUCCCUGGUUCAAAUCCGACGAGCUUCCUCAAUUCGGUCUGUAACUCAGCGUACUCCUAACCUGCCACCAUGUCCUUCCUGGACACUCUGCGACAGUGGGACAAGGCUGUAACUUGUGUGGACAGACAGGAUUUGCCAGAAGCGCUCAGCAUUUUCCUGUCGAUCCAAGAGCCAAACUCCAAAAUUUAUUUUGACAUUGGCUGUCUCCAUCUCCUUAACGAAGAUCUGGAUGCUGCUGAAAAGGCGUUUGAUUGCAGCAUACGCAAGGACGAGCAUCUGGCUGUUGCCUUCUUUCAAAGAGGAAUGACAUUUUACAAAAAGCGGAGGUUUGAGGAGAGUUUAGCGGAUUUCCAGCAUGCCUUCAGAGCACUAAGAGGCAACCAGCUGAUAGAUUACAAAGCACUUGGUCUCAGAUACAAAUUAUACGCAUGUGAGGUUCUCCACAAUAUGGCCCUGGCUCAGGCUCAGUUGGGUGACUGGGAAAAGGCCCAGGAAAACCUUGUGAAGGCACUUGACUACAAGACAGAGGCCAAGCUCAAUAUCAUCGACAGAGCCCUGCAAUCCACCCUGAAACAGAAACCUUUCAAACCAGUCGAGUUCCCCUCGAAAGUGCUGUUUAAACCAAAUAAGCACUAUGUUGCUGAGCUGGAGAAGAAGGACUACCUGGGUAAAGCCAAGGUCGUUGCCUCAGUCAUUCCUCAGGAUGAAUUCUCUGGAUUUGCCCCAUUACAGCCACAGGUCAAAGAUGGUCCAACUUGUCCAAAGGAACCUGAGGUCCUAAGGGCUCUAGAAGGAGAACCACACACUGUCCUGUUUGAGUUUGUUCCUGAGACCAGUGAUGAGUUGGCUGUAGUGCCGGGCAACAUAGUGUUUGUGCUGCAGAAGGGAGCUGACAACUGGGCAUCUGUGAUCUUCAAUGAAAGAAGAGGACUUGUUCCUUAUAAUUACCUGGAGCGACUGGAGAUCUCCUUGGCCUCUAAACAGAAUGAGGGAAUACCUAGGCCUCCAAAUCGAGCACCACCGACCAGACCUGAGAGGAAACAAGGUCUCCGUCGUGAUGACAGCAGUGGAAACGUUAUGGAUGCAGAGUCUACCAACAAACCACUUAUUGUCAAAGUCCGAUUCACAUUCACUUUUGCCAUCUCAGUACCACCUGGAUCUCCCUAUGAGAUACUGAUUGAAAAAAUCAGUAAUAAACUGAAUCUCCCUUCUACCGCAAUCACCUUGAGUUUGACCUCUGAGGUAACAGGACAAAGCGUAAUCAAUGCCAACACAGAAAUGGAAAGUGUGUGGAGCUGUGCCAGUGGCAGGCACAUAACGUUGUGGUGUGACACCAAAGAGGAAACUGAUGGAAAGCCACAGAGCGAGAUUCACCUUGUGGCUCUUCAUUCCUAUGAGUCAUCAAAUCCAGAGGACCUCAAUUUUCAACAAGGCGAUACGAUCACAUUGCUCUCUAGAGGUGAGACACCAUUCAUUUGGCCAGACCUAUCGCAAAUCUUCAGAAAUACUGUGAUUUGUCCAAGAAUUCUAAUUGUAAUUCAUAUUUUCCUCUUUUUAUUUAGUUAACCAGGACUGGUUGGAGGGGCAGUGUAAUGGGAAUACUGGUAUAUUCCCUGCAUCCUUUGUGGAAGAGGUUCCUGUCAAUGACCAGU